CCUCCACUUUAAUGUUUGUAAAAGUGAACCAAUCAGAAAGCGAUCAGAUAUCUGGAGCGAAUUACAACUGAGUGUCGUUUAACAGAUUUUGCUUAUCCCACUCUUGUUUAGUUUCUAAUUGUUUUCGAUCGCUCCCAUUAUUAAAUGUAAUCGCAAUCUAUAUGGUUGUUGACUCAACUCAAUUCUGUUGUUAUCAUCCAAAGCUCUCUAUGAUCACGCAGUUCUGCACUUCGCCUGCAUUCAAAGUACUUUCAGGCGGAAAUGUGGGUUUACAAUGCAGUUUUCGUCAUCAUAUUAUUUGAUGACCUGUGGCUUGCAGAGUUCAAGAGUGUUGAUUCACAUUGUAUGUUGGCUAGAGAAAUCUUAAAUAAAUACAUUUCCCGUCCUAUUGAAUCUAAUCAAUUGGUCAAUUUGUGCAGAGAGAACGGCGGAUCUGAGUUUAAUGAUUGCUGUAAUGAGGAGUCGCUGAAAAACAUUGUGUCUAUUGGCGCAUCUGAAUUCACUAAGCACUGGCGCAUAUUCUGGCUUAACAUAAGUCAGAAUUUAAGGGAAGACGCUCGUUAUCUGCAAGGCUAUAUGUUAGGGAGUUUGAAGCUAACAUUGAAAAGUUUUCAUGACCUCUUUGUAAACUCCUACGGAUAUAACUAUGAUCAAAACAAGGAUUUUGUUGAGGCAUUCUUCCAUGAACUGGAAAGUUAUAUGCUGGGAGACCGGCAAAAUAUAGCGUCGUUGGUUGAUGACUUUUUCGAUGGCCUGCUAAUUCGUGCACUCCAUGUAAUGCUGUUUGUAAAAACUGAACCGGAUGGUAUUGUAGCCAACUGCGUUGCAUCCAAGUUGAGACCUCUGAAGCCAUUUGAUCAAGCGCCUGAAAUAAUAAGGUUUAUGGCAACUCGCGCAUUUCCUCCUCCUAGGAUUCUUAGGAAUAGUCUCCUUUUAGGAGAUCAUGUGGUUCAGUUUUUAUCAAAGAUUACGGUGAAUGAUAGUUGUAUAAAUGAAUGGAUUAAACUACGUUACUGUAAUUUAUGUUCAGGAGUAAUCCAACCCCUCAUUUGUCGACAUAGUUGUUUUAGUCGUUUGUCCACAUGUUUUUUGUUAUGGACUGCUUUUGAUAAAUACUGGCUAUCAUUUAUUGAUCAGGUUGUUCGUGUUGCUGAACGUUUAAAAGACUCCAAAAUUUUCCCCCAGGUUAUUCGACCAUUACAAAUACAUAUAUCUGACGCUAUCAUGAAUCUUCAAACUAUACUUUUUCGACUGGAUCAAUCUGAUGAAUUUUUCAGUGACUGUUUAUUAGAAAACUCAAAAGAGCAUCAGUCGUUUCCUUCCAGGACUGAUUUUAGGCAACGACGACAUCAGGAAUUUGUAUUUGUUGAUCAUGAUACCUUAGUUCAGGAUUACAAACAUCCUUAUAUUUACGGCAAUUAUGAUAUCCUGAAAUCAUGGGCGGACAGUAUUCGUAACAAGUAUCUCUCUAUACGCAAACCAUUUUCUACCAUCAUCAAGUAUCUUUGUAGUGAGGAUCUUCUACGUGAUUCAAAGGAAAAUAGUGACCAUUUAUGUUGGACAGGUGAUAGAUUAACACAUACGUAAGACUUGAAAAGUUUCAAUUUAGCUCACUUUUAUUAUUUGGCAUUUUUCGUCACAAACUCAUCAGAAUUGCUAGACAACCUCUUUUCGAGUUCUGUUAUAGUGACUGAACUGUAACACAUUUUGCACUUUAAAAUUCCUGAGUAUUUUCGAUGACAGCUGGAAAUUCUCAUUAUACAAAAGAAGCAACAAUUCAAAACAAAGUGUUAGACACAAAGUUGCUACACUUUGUGAUAGUUCAGUAAAAGAAAAUUUGUAGAAUUAAGUAGAUAUUAGGACAAACAUCAUACGUAAUUGUAAGAUAUUGAUUAAUCAAGAAUAAUAAGAUUCUCAGAGUCUCUAGAGGUAAACGAACGAAAGCAAACAUUUGAGUGAGAAACUGAACAUAAAAAAUAUUGUUUCGAAAAACGAAUGGAAUCCAGAGUAAAAAAUUUGGCACAAUAUCAAAGUUUCAGAACUACAUUGGACGGCUGUGCAAUACACUUUCUGAGGAAAAAUUAGUAUCCAACUAUCUCUUUAAAUACCGAAAUAUAUAUAUCAUCGGUUAACUAAAUCUUAACGGCAAAGAAGCUGAUUUAUUUAUUUAUUUAAACACAUCAACAUUGGUACAAGAAAGCAUCAAACAGAUAUGCGCCACAUAAAUCAUUUGAUUUAUGUGAGGGCUGGGUUAAUUCCCGGGUGCCCAAACCGACUCAGGUGGUUUUCUGAGGGGGCAACACUCCGAGGCCCUGACCUAAAGGCCUGAUCCUCAAAGCAGUGGAACAACGUCAGGAGAUUCAUUCCCAUGAUAGCCGGUGACCAGCAAUCGUUUCAUACGCCAUUUUUCUCCUCAGGAUCUUUAGUUUGCCCCCAAAUGCCCUGGUACGGCCGAGAGUAAGGAGAGUCCGCUCUCCCUCUUGAAAUGCUCUCACAUGGCCACAAGUAUAUAGUCUCUACCAAGGAAGUCCUACUCACUGACUUCUCGUGGCCAGGGUGUUGUUUACGAAAUUGAGAGGACCUAAAGCGAAUGUCCGGCGCUUUAACCGGGUUGGUGGACAUGGAGAGUCCAUCUAGGGGAGUUGGAAAACCCUGAUUCCAAACCAGUGGUGCACAUGGGCUGGCUCCAGUAUCCUGAAGGAACAAAUGGCGUAUGGACCAAUCGUUGGUCACCGGCUACCAUGGGACUGCAUCUCCUCACGAUGCUCCACUGCCAUGUGGAUCAGACCUCCAGGUCGAAGUCUCCGAGUGUGGCCUCCUAAGGAAACCACCUGCUUCGGUUUGGGCACCCGGACAGUAUCACGGCCCUCACACAUAUCAGAUGAGAUUUGUGUGGCGCAUAUGUAUUCGGUGCCUCCUUGUACCAAUAUCUAUAUGUUAAAAUAAAUAAAUAAAAAGCCCAUGUGCACCAUUGGUUUAGAGCGUGGUUUUUCCAACUACUCUAAGUCGACUCUUCGUGCUCACCAAUCCGGUUAGAGCGCCGGACGUUCGCUUUCCGUCCUCUCAAUUUGGUGAAGAAAAUGCCUUUCGCCACGAUUAGACAGUGAGUAGGACUUCCUUGUUGGUAAUUGUAUGCACGUAGCUACUGGAGAGCAUUUGGAGAGGUAGAGUUGUCUCCCCACUCUUGGCCGCGCCGUCAAAAAACUGCCUUUUAACAAGGAUUGUUUGCUUAUGUUUAAAUAACCACGACUUUGGUCAUCGUCUGAAAAUACCCAGUUUGGUUAAAUGGGUCUAGUGAUUUUGUUUUGUUAUUUAUUUCACAUAAAACGAAUGGGAUUAUUGUGACACUUUCCAUUGUUGUUGAUAACAGAUUUAAAAGUAUUCAAGAUAUAUUGAAUGUUUUGAACAUACAAUGAUUACUUUCAAUAAAGAUGUUUAAAUGUUUGUCAAUAAUCGAAUGCAAUGUGAGUCACCUCUUUACGUUCUAUCAUACAAUUGUAAACGAAUGUUGGAAGUCACAAAACAAAGUAUAUUUGGUCGUUGACUGUCAUAUCUUCAUCCACUGUUAUAGAUGUAUCAAGUUAAUAAUAAUGGAAUUAGAUAUCAAUACUUUGGUUAUAAAUUUAAAUAUGGCAAGCUAUGUGUCUGUGAUGUCCACGAAAUUUAGUACCUGGAGUGGAGUAUGAGUAGAAUGGAGGAUGUAAAAAUAUAUGGAAAUAAAUAAGGAAUGCAUAGUAUGUGUUCGUUAAUUGGCAGUCAAAGCCAUUUGGAAAACUUUUGAUGGAGUUUUGUUCUCUGAACUGGAUGGUUUGGUCGUGGAGCUUUCAUCGUUCUUCUGAACGACAUCAUCAGCACAAACUUCAGGCAGAAGCUUGGGUUGAUUAAGUGAAUUUACUAAUGUUUCAACCAAUCUUAGGACCUAAUUCACUGAUUACGUUACUUAUUCAAUCCAUAAGAAUUAAUCAACAUUAAGGACUAAAUAAUAUAGCAUUGAUAAUUACUUGACAAUGGUUGGUUGAGUAAUGCAUUUUUUUCAUUGUUGACAUUUUCUAAAAUUUUAUUGCAGCUGUAAUUGUGUAAAGACUUAUUCCUUUUUAAGUAUGUAUUCAUGAGCUUAUUAAAUUGGUAGUUAUAACUAAUGGAGUUUUCUUAUCAAUUUUAUUAGUAUUUUAUUUUCGAAUUUCGCGAGGCGGGGUCGUAAAUGCGCACUCCUGAGGAGUCCCACAAUAGGACGAAACGGUCGUCCAGUGCUGCCAGGUUUUCCAUAGUGGUCUAGCUUCAAUUAACUCAUGAUCUCAACUAUUGGAAUUACUAUAAUAUCCACAAAAACCCCUACUGAUAUUAUUUUAUUGUCAAAAUCUAAAAGGCUGUGUGAUUAGUCGAUUGGACUUCAUUUUGAAUGUUCAUCUGUAAUGGUCAUUAUUAUAUAUGCAUUUUUUUAAAACCCCCAUUUCACUUAAACCAGUUUAAAUAACUAAGUUGUUGUUAUAAGCAAAGAUGGAUAGUGGCUAGCAGUGGAAUCCAGGACGCCCGCUUGGGACUCGUCAGCUGGAUGUACCUGCAUCUCAGAGUUGAUGUUUACUCUGGGACUCGAACUCAGUACCGUUCGCUUCAAACGCCAUCGAGUUAUCCACUUAGCUACUGAGUCUUGAUAGCCACUUGCUUGUGCAUUGGGUUGAAGUUUCAUUCACUGAUCAAUUUCAGUCCUAAAACAUCAAUGGGAAGAUUCAAGUAAAACAAUACCAAGUGAAUUAAGUUGUUGUUAUGUCUUAGUUUUAUUAAUUUUUGUUGUUGUUAUUUUUAUAUAUUAGUCUGAUUGUUACUACCAUUUUCUUAAGUGAUGUAUUAUACUGUAGUUAGCUCGUUCACAAGUAUUUAUAAUUUACGUUACAGGUCAAAUAUAACCGUAAAUCUGAUCGAAAAUGAAUCGUUUCUUAAGAUAAAUCCUAUGGCUGUCCGUGUCAUUAAAGAUCUACAACACAUAACUGAAAUUAUGCAAUCUGUAAUUCAAAAUAAUUCUGAUCCUCAUUAUGUGCCGAUUAAAGGGGAAAGUAGAAUUCAAUCUAUAGAUAACGUAACUGUUUUCCUUCCAUUGCCGAGUUAUUCAACAGCAAACCCAGUAAGCAUAAUGGUCUGUAUAUUUUUCAUUACAUUGCAUUCAGUAGAGUUCUUUCUAUACAUGUUUAUUCUUAACAAGCUGUUUUACUGUCUGCUUAAUAAAAUGUAAAGGAAAUACAAAUCGUUAUCACACACAUUUUCACAAGUGAUAGUCACUACCGAGUGUACACUAAUAAACUGACUUAAGAAUUCCUUAUUGGUGUUCUGAUCGAUGAUGAGGAAUGUAUCGUCAAUAAGUCUAGUUUUUCCCAAAUUUCGUUCACAACUCCAUUUUCUAAUUUGAUUAUAAAGCAACCAGCUAAUAUUCUGAACUUGACACAUUUAUCUCGUCAAUUUGUUGACAAUAUUGUGAAAGACUUACAUAGUAAAUAUUUCCUACCGUUUACCCUCUCAGUUUUCCAACGGGCUACGAGUCUACAAUACUGUUCUAUGUUUUCACAAUAAAUUUGUAACAUUCCUGUCCUUUUCCUUAGCCUGAUAUUAAUUGAUAGACGAUUUUGAUCAUUUUUCCACACCCUGCUUUUGGUUGUUUUCCAUCAAUUUUUAUAUCUCUUCUUUACUGCUUUCACAUGUGAACUGAUUAUUCACAUAUUUCUUACUACGCAAUUUUUAUAAGUUGUUAUUUUACUGUUAAUGUUUCCAAGUUUCGAUUUAAGUUCGAUAUUAAAGCAUUUAUACAUCCAUCUCUGCUCAUAAUUUAUCCAAGCUGUUAUUAUUUUUAUUAUUACGAGCGUCAAGACAGUUCUAAUGUACGGAACUGAAACUUGGAGAACUAUUACAGAUAUCAUCAAAAAGAUGUACGUAUUUUAUAAACAAUUGUCUACUCAAGAUACUCAAUGUCCGUCGGCCGGAUACCAUCAACAAAAACCUACUGUGGCGGAGAACACACUGGGAUCUGGCUGGAUAAGAAAUUUGGAAAAGUCGUUGGAAGUGGAUAGGACAUACAUUACGGAAAUCAACAAACUGCAUCACAAGUCAAGCGCUUACCUGGAAUCGUGAAGGGAAACGGGAAAGAGAAAGGCCAAAGUACACACUGUGUCGGAAAUCGGAGGCAGACAUGGAAAGGAUGAAUAGCAACUGGGAAGAUUCGCCUGGUAUAGAGUUGGAUGGAGAAUGCUCAUGGCGGUCUAUGAUCCUCCACGAGGAGUGACCGGAGUAAGUAAGCUUUCUUUCAGCCUACUUAAACACUAACAAACGUCACACAUGUAGAUGGACAGUGGUUAUGCCCAUAAGUGUCCUGUAUUUCCCUAACCACCCUAAUCGAUGGAGAUUCGCUGCAUCACCAACCAAUUUUCCACCUUUCCCUGGUACCACUUAUCUAACUUCAGCACUGCUACCUCGAAAGUCCCGACAUACGCGAGUAAUGCUCUGAGGGUAUCUAUGGUUGGAUGCCUGUAGCUUACGAAUGUCCUUUUAUUUUCUAGGACCAUGUUGCUUAGCUAUAUCAUAGUAUAUCUUACUAUUAACAUAUACUUUUUACGUGCUAUGAUUAGUUAUCUAAUCUAUUUCAUCAUCUUCAAGAGUUAUGUUUAGUCUCAUAUUUUUGACGUAUGCGUCGAUAUUUAACUGCAUAUUAUGGUGAAGCAUAAUAAAAAUUAAUUCGAAGCAAUGUUGUUCUAAACUACAUUUCGAAAAUCUUCAAUAUUUACAACCAAUGUUUCAAAGAAUUCGAAUUAAUUUAUUAAAUACGUACUGUAUAGGAAUAAUGGCUUAGUUACAUAAGGAGCUGAUAUAUAAACAUAGGAUCAGAGUAGAAAACGCCUCAAUGCUUAAUCUAGCUCAAGCAUUGAAAUAGUGUACCUGUUCUUGCAACUGUAUGACAGAACAUUAUAUGCUCAUUUUCUUGUUUUUUUUAGUGCCAUUUAGUUGACUCCCAAUGAUUCUUAAGAGAAAACAAUAGAUUAUAGCUCCUUAAUUAACUUCGUAUUUAUUCACAUCUUUGAUGUUUAUUGAACAAGGGAACUAUGAGUAAAGUACGAAAGUUUUAGAUCCAUAUAUGUCAUACAUCUGUUAAUGCAAUCAGAUAAUAUGUGAAACCAGUUGGAGCUAAACACUGUCUUCUCAAAAUAGACAUUGACUAAUAUGAGCAAAGUGACAGACAUUGGGUAUGAUAAUUAAGUGUACAGAUAUACAGACGUUCACAAUACGCACAAGUAGAGAUUUGACUAGAACAAUAAUAAAAUGGAUACACACAUUGAUGGUCACAAUUGCUUUUGAAGUGAAUGAAGUUUUUAGAAUUGUGAAAAUGAUUUUAGUCAGAUGUUAUCUGACAUAUCAAAGUCGUUCCGAAAUCCAGAAUAGACUUAGGCGUUAUAACAGAGAAACUAUUACAGGAUGCUUUGUCGAAAAUCAAAACGAAGGUUUACAAUUCGGUUUCUGAAUAAAACAGUGUCGACCAUCUGUUUUUUUUCACCGCUACUGCAGAAAUCAUUCUAUGAUUGUUAAGUAAAUAAAAUUUUAAUGUAAUCCGUUGUUUCAGCAAAGUAUAAACACAUUACAGCUAUGUUUCUAAUCUAUUUUGUUCAUGAUUUUUUAUCUCCAAGAUGAUUUCUGGAUCAUAAAUUGAAACUAGACUAGACAAGCAUGAAAUUGAUCACCACCCAGUGAUCAAUCAAUUGUAAAACUUUUUCACUGUUUUGCCUAGGUAAUUUAAAGCAAGCUAAUUUACUAAUAUGGUCUUUCUUCAAUUUUAGAGUACAGUACUAACAACUUUAAACUAUUUAGAAUCUAAUAACAAAAUUCAUUCUACAUCUUUACCAAAUUCUAUCAAAACACUAUUUCAAUUUGAUGCAAAUCCUAUUAAAACAUCUCGUUAUUCAAUCAAAAAACAAAUUAAAACUAAUAAAGUAAUAUAUUUAAAUCCUCCUCAUAAUUUAUGGUUACCAUCGGCUAAUAUACCAUCAUAUAAUUAUCAACGAAAAGUAAUCUGGACAUUUAAUUCUAAUAGUGAUAAUAUAUUAAAGUUUAAUCUAUCUACUAAAGUUUGUAUAAUUUAUUUUACUUGUAUAUAUAUGUAUUUACUUAUAUAUUAAAUGAUCAGUUGACAAGUACUUUGUAUUUAACGUUUUCUUUAUUGUUUAGUAUUUGAUUUACUUUAUCAUCUAUCCAUUGUAUAAAAUAAUCAUUUAAGAUGAAAAAAACAAACAAACAUACUUCUCUUUCAAUUGAAUAAAAAGUUCCGUUAAUGUAUUUUCUAUACAUCAGAAGAAGUUAUAGUUUAGUGAACGAGAACACAAAUGGGGACAAUCGAAUGUAUUUGACCACAAAAUUACAGAUCAUCUCACUAAAAUCUGAGAACCAUACAGUAAAUACUUCAUUUACAAAAUAUCAAUCCAUUGGCUCAUACUUGACUAUUUCUUUUGCAAAUAUCAGUUCAUCAUCUCAGAUUUCAUUGUUCCUAUGGGAGGUCGGUCGCCUCCCGGAUAGCUCAGUGGUAACGUCUCUGACUGUGAAGCUGGGUGACACGAGAUCGGAUCCGCCAGGGAGCGCCAGUUCCCCCAAGAUUACAGGUACACCUUGCUGACGAGUGCCAAGUAGCACGAAACCCGGGUCCAGGGUUUCCUGUUGACUACCUCCAACCACCAUCUAAUUUCAAAUGGUUAGCGUUUUACUGUUCUGUAGGCAUUCUUUUCAAUGAAUGUAAGGAAUUGAGUCCAAAAAGCAUCUAAAUGUGAAAGUAUUCAAAUGGCUCUGGACGGAAUGGAAGACGUUUAGAGCUUAACAGACUUCCGUAUUUGGUAGAAAUGUGUCACCGGUAACUCCAGUUAAGAACCUAGGUAUAUUAUCUGUUAUAUCCUAGUGAAGAUAACAUAAGGAGUAACAACUGAGACCUAUUAAUGAACUAAUAUUAUUUAUAUAUUCUCAUGGUAUAAAUAUUCAGUAACUAGAUUGUGUAUAUAUAUAUUCCCCUUGUUAUAAGCUUUAUUUUGACCUAUAAUUUAUUCCAAUGAUUGUGAUCAUGAGUCAGUUGAAGCUAGACCACCAUGGAAAACCUGGAAGCACUGGACGGCCGUUUCGUCCUAUUUUAGGACUCCUCAGCAGUGCGCGUCCGCGACCUCACCCCCUGCGAGAUUCGAACGCAGGACCUUGCGCGCGAAACCAGUAAUUUAUUAUUGUACGAUUUACUGUUCUUAAGCUAUGCUCAGUUUGUUGACUACUGCCUCCCACGUUCACAGCCACUUUUUGGCUUUAUUGUGUACAAAUGUUAUUUCCUAUUUUAUGGUGCGUUGCGGUCUGUUUGGUUGAUAUAUAUGUCUGAAAUAAAUGAUUCGAUUCACAUAGUGGAGGCUGGUAUUGGUGUACGGGAAUCAAGUGGACGGGCUAGGCGGACAUAAGACCAAUAAUGGCGCUAGACUGCUCAUACCGGUUGAACGUCAUUGGUUUUGGCACAGUGCUAAGAUUGUAAAGUCGUAUUUUGAUUGGUGGAUAGAUCACGCGAUAAAAACCAGACAUAAAGACAACAUUAUCGAUAAAAGAGGAAACGUCCUUAAUGUUCCAGUUACUACAUGAGAACCUCUCUGUUUGUGACAUGAUUGUCGAUGAAAUACAGGAAUGUGGGAAUGGGAAACUGGAUAAACUAUUAAAGAGUUGGAACGGACAGAUCGACACAGGGCUUUUUUUAGGGUCACGUGUAAUUUAGUUUGCAUCUUUAUUUAUUUUUUUAAUACGUUGCAAACUCUAUUAAAGAAAUAAUGUCUUUUUCAUUCCAUCCACGUUUUCUGUAAUUUCAAUAACACUUCAGCUAUUAUUGCGUAUAAUGUUAAGUAUCCAUGAUCUAAUAUUAUAGUUGUAUCUGUUCCGUUUUGUAUUUUACCAAUAAUCAAAUUGGCAUGGUUCUUAUGUAUGUAUGAUAUUAAAAUAGUCACAUGAUGCGAAUAUGUACGAGGAAUUUGUUUGUGUCCCUCUAAUAUGUUUGAAACACAAAUGAAAUCGUAUGAAAAAUGAUCUCUGAAGUCACCAAUAAGUUGAUUCAGUUACAUAACGAAAAACUGCAUGGCACAAACUAAACAGUAAUGAAUUAGUGGACUUUUCGUAUAUAAAACGUUUGGGUUGUUAUUACUAAACUAAAUUGAAAAAUUAGGAUGGUAAUUUAAUCUAAAUGCAUACUUACUUAGAAGGCAUCCACUGGUUUUAUGUAACCCUUUGGUUAAAAUCAAUAGCGGGUAUCACUGCUGUUUGUUUUGUCUCGCCAAGAAACAUCUGGGUCAGCCUCGUUUUCAGAACUACCUCAGUUGGAACCUACUUUUGGUUUUCUCAUUACUCAAUUCAACUAUAAUGAGUCUUUUUAGUGUGGCUUUUGUGUGUUCGGUGAGGUGCAAGCAGAUGAGUGGUCCGAGUCAAAGCAGGUAUUCCAGGAUGAGCGACAGUCUUCUAUCGACCCUCUCCAACGACGACUGGUGCGUCACCUCGACAAUUGGCAAGCUUUUGCAGAAGCGGUCAAUUCAAGACAUUUGAUUUCAGCCACACUAAGUCUGGUAGCAUCCAUCCUCCAAGUAACGGAAGUGAUGCCAUCGUAAUGAUGUAUUAUAUCGGACGACUCUUCAGUGUUAUUAUGCUAUUGCGACGGCUUAACUGUUGAGACCUGUUUGACAAAAGCACAUAAUUAUUUUUACCUUUUGCGCACACUAUUUAUGUCAUGCCAUUAUGUAUAAAGAACAUUGACGACCCAACUCUGAAGUAUUUUUUCGCCAGAUAUAUUUGCACCUAUGGAUGUAAACGCAGUACAUCAGACUCAGAUGCUUGUCUGCAAGACAUUGAUGAUGAUAAUGGUCACCAUUCCCACAAAGAGCAUACAUCUUUUAGCUCACCAUCACAACCUAUGUACGCUUCACUUCAAAUUAAUUUAUUUCAAACAACUGAGGUCUGACCUUGGUAAUCAGUCUUAUUUCAUUUCAUCGAAAUAACAAUAUGCUUAGUAAUUCAACUGAAGAACCAUACAUUUCAACGAGUUCCCUAAAUCGCCUUGUAGUCGUACUUAUUUCUGCUAUUGACUAUUUUUGUAGGGAUAUCGGAGACCUAAAAAUUGGGACUCCGCACAACGAUUGAUAAUGCUAUGUUUGCUUAGUCUCCGGUGAAAUCAUCACAUAAAUGUAUCUUCUGCACAUGAACCUGAUUUAUUCUCUGCAAUAAAAUGAUUUGGUGGCUUAUAUUUCUAAAUGUAGAACGCAGUCAAAGUUGGAUGGAGGCUAGCAUGUAAUCGUCCUAUGUAGGACUAGUUAACAAUGUGUACCUGUACCCAGAGUUGAUUUUAACCCCCGGACUCGAACUUUACUGCUGAGUUGUCUUCUCCAUUGCGCGCGAUUUUGUUCAUCUUCACUUUACCAUCAACGUAUCCAAAAAUCCAUCCUCGUAUUUGGCUUGAUUUAGUUAUUCACCAAAGUCAUUUAGGUCGAUAAUUAUAUACGAGGACCGGCGACGUGUAUAUUUCAAUAACAAUCGGACUAGAGUCAGAUCCCGGGCCACUCAAAAUUAAUGAUUAUUCUGUACUUAGUUCCUGGUUAGUUUCGACUUCUCUAUACAAUACUUUCGUUUGUGUUCACAUAGUUCUCUUUGGCUUUAAUUGCACUCUCUCUGAAAUUCCUGGUUAAUACAAUAGUUCGAAUACUUUUAAUUAUCAUAUAAUCAAGCUGAUAUUUAUUAAGUGACACAAACCUAAUGCUUGAAGAAAGUCAUCAACCGAACUUUUGAACCGAGUUGCAGUGAUGACGUACGUCUGUGUAAGUCAACGGAAUCGAUAGAGUAUUGUCUUUAUUAAACAAGUUGUAAGAUUAUAAGAUGGAGUACGAGGAGGUGAGUACCAAGCUUAAGAAAUGCCAUAUAUAUGCUGGCAGUUGAUUAGAGUUUGAUUUAUUGCUCCUGUUUAAGAGUUUCUAACUUUGCUGGUGAACAUUGUUGUCGGAAUGCACUGAAACAUAACUUACUUUUGUCCUCUUUGAUUACUGCUGAAAUAAAGUUUUUUUGUAGGAGGCAAGAAUGAAUAAACUACUUUGAGGUCAUCAAUAAAAAGAAAAGGUUUACAGUAUUGAAGGCGAAUAAACAUCAUCAACGUAAGGAAGAAAGAGCAAUAAGCCAUUUACACUUGCUUGUAUAACCCAGCUGGUUAUAUUUAUAGACUUAAGGUAGAAAGAUUCAAAGAGAAUGAUUUGGCCACGUUCUGCUGAGAAGAUUUGAAUAAAGAUAAAUUGGGAUUCCACAUGCUAAAUGAAAACAUGUUCCAGAACAAUAAGAAAGUUGUGCGAGAGACUGUUCAAAGCCCCACUAAAAUAGAAGUACUUGUUAUCAAUUCUAAUGUAUUUACGCUCGCGUCAGAGAAGCCUGGGGAAAGCCGAAAACGUCCCUUGAUUGUAACAAAUAUCUGACAGAAGCAUGUUGUACAAUUUGGGAGCCGGAUGAAAAACGUCAUCAUGUCUAUGUAAGCGAUCAAGUGGUCGCUCAAAACUCGGACAAGUAUUUAUAUAGGAGGUAUAUGUAAAAUGUGAUCGAUAGACGAACCCACCAAUAAUAAAGUGAAACACCCACCACCACAUUAACUCUCUUUCACCUUGUGCGACUGUAUCUCUUUAUUAACCAAUCACAGUUUGAUGUUCAUUGUAAAACAAUUUUGCUUUGUUGACUCAUUUUUCCUAUUCUCUGCCUACUGUUCGGUAUGUUAUUUGUCCCUGUUUUUCCCUGUAUUAAUAGACCGUACUGCUUGUUUGUACACUACCGAUGUUAAUCUAUAUUUUAGAAACAGAUAAAGUUUAUCGAGC